AUGCUAUUCAACAGGCUAGAGCAACAACAACAAAUAGUUUGGCUUCCGACGACGAUCGAUCUAUUUCAGCAGAUUCGUGUUCAAUCAAGAGCGAGUACGGAAGCACUCUCUACGACGACUCAGCGCCACACCGACGCAGCCGAGGGUCUCUCCUCCGCCAACUUCCGCGUCUCUUCAGAUUACAGUUCUGAUAAGGAAGAGACAGAUGCAGAUGGAGGACAGUCAAUGCUUGGUCUCCAAAGCUAUUGGGACGUUGCUUACUCUGAUGAGCUCUCUAAUUUUAGGGAGCAUGGCCAUACCGGCGAAGUUUGGUUUGGUGAUGAUGUGAUGGAGAUUGUUACUUCUUGGACAAAAGACUUGUGCGUUGAGAUUUCUAAGAAGGAGAUGUCUGUUUCUGAUAAUGGUGAGGUGAAUGAUCAGGCUGACAAGUAUUUGUCUAGCUGGAAUGUGCUUGACCUUGGUACUGGAAAUGGUUUACUUCUUCAUCAGCUUGCUAAGGAGGG